CAAACAACAGUCCCUAAAUCAUUUGAAUCUGCUGAUAGUAAAUCUUUACAGUUUCACAGUGAUAGAUAUUUCAGUCGAUUAAAUAUUUAUGAGUUAUCGAAAAUCUUAGGACUUGAUCAAUUUAAUAUUAUAUUAACUAAAGAAGUUGAAAUUAAUAUUUUAGAUAUGUUUAAGAAUUAUUGUCUGUUUAAAUUAGGUUAUCAAACAUGGAUUAGAGGUACAACAAGAGAAUAUCGAGAAGGAGUAAUUGAUACAUUAUAUAAAUUAUCGAGAACUUUUUAUCCGGAAUUGAAUAAAUUUGAUUUAGAAGUAAUUGUUAGACGAGGAGCUUAUAGUUUAAUGCAAACUAGAUUAAGGAAAGAAAGGAGAUUAAUGAUUAAAUAGAAUGAUUAAAUAGUUAAUGGGUUUAUGUAAAGGUUUGGAUUUUAUAGGUAGGUAUUGUUUUAUGGGUAUAGGUAUUGUUUUGGGUUUAUAGGUAUUAGGUUUAGGUUUAGGUAUUAUUU